AUGUCGAACAAUACUGAAAGUGCAAUAACAUCUAUUAGACGUCUUUAUGUUUUGUUAUGUGGGUUUGAAAUAAUUCCGAAAACAAUUUCAACGAAAAAUCUGGGUGGGAAUAUUAUAAUGAGUGAACCUAUUAGUGCAUAUUUACUCGACACGACUGCUGGUUGGAUACUUAUUGAUAGUGGCAUUGAUGAAACAAGAAUUGAUGAUCCAGACUUAGCGAAAACAUACUUUUUGGAUCGCGGUUGGAAACCACUCCCAGUCGUUCUCCCGAUGCAUCGUUUAACAUAUCAACUAUCACUGAUUGGCGUUGAACCACAAAUGAUCAAGUCUAUUAUACUAACUCACACACAUGCUGAUCAUACGGGAAAUUUAAAACAUUUUCCCAAUGCAAAAAUUUACAUUCAACGUCAAGAAUACGCAUAUGCAUUCCAAUCUCAAGAAACCAUAGGUAGUGCUUGGUUUCGUGAUGAUUAUGACAAUCGUCCAGAGACUGAUUGGUAUUUAGUAGAUGGUGAUAUGAAUAUUCUUCCUGGUUUAGAUCUGAUAUCAACACGUGGUCAUACGCCCGGUCAUCAAUCUGUUUGUGUUCGAUUACCGAGUGGAAUGAUUGCUAUUUUGACAGGUGAUGCUGGAGAUUUGUUGGAAAACUAUGAGAAAGAAAUCUUACCAGGAGAAACAGUCGAUGAUCAAGCUGCACUCGAAUCAAUCCGACGAUUGAAUCAGUUGGCAUCUUUGCCUAAUUCACAUUUAUUUAUUGGCCAUGAUCCAAUUCUUAUUCAAAAACUUAAAAUUGUACCGGAUUAUUAUGAUUAA